AUGUCCACGAAUCCUCAGUGGAAGACCUUCCAGCCGCCCCCCGAAACUCUCACUCAGGAUCCUAGUAUCAUGGAUUUUAAACCUAUGGCCAGUAGUGGCAAACCUUCAUCACAAGCAUUCAACUUCACUCGAUCAACUUCAUCGUCUCGUUUCGGGGAUUUCCCAUUGCUGCAAGAAAAGUCUUCAUCUUUACACUAUAACAACGGCCUGUAUGGCUCGUCGAGUACUACACACACUUCACCCCGUUUUCCUAUUGGUACAUUCUCUUUGGACACGACCACCAACAACGUGUACAACAGCAGUGGAGACAAUUCGUUGAACAAUACCAGUAGCAUUUUCUCGAAUGGCAAUAAUAGCAACAGCAGUUAUAAUGAUUCGAACGCCUCGAAUUUGGGAACCAGGGAGACUGGAAUCAUUGAAAAACUUUUGCAUUCCUACGGAUUUAUCCAGUGCUGCGAACGCCAGGCACGUUUAUUCUUUCAUUUCAGUCAAUUUAGUGGCAAUAUUGAACAUCUCAAGAUUGGGGAUCCUGUCGAAUUUGAAAUGACAUAUGAUAGACGCACAGGAAAACCGAUAGCUAGUGCAGUCACUAAAAUUGCUCCAGAGGUAGUCAUGAGUGAAGAAAGAGUUACUGGAACAGUAACGACGGAACUAAGAGCUGGCGAAGGAUCUGCUGGAGACACGACUGGUCGAAUCAGUUACGAAAAUCGGGGAGAAUGUUUCUUUUUACCUUACACCAAAGAUGACGUCGAAGGAAAUGUUACAUUGAGAUCCGGCGACAAAGUGAGCUUUCAGAUUGCAACUAAUAACCGUGGAAACCUAGGCGCUUGCCAUGUUAGGUUGGAGAAUCCAGCUCAUCCUGUAAAAUAUCAAGGUGUUGUCUGCUCGAUGAAAGAAAGCUUUGGAUUCAUAGAACGAGCUGAUGUAGUCAAAGAGAUAUUUUUCCACUUUUCUGAAGCCAAAACCAAAGAGGAGUUAAGAUUGGGCGAUGAUGUGGAAUAUAUUAUACAAACUCGCAAUGGAAAAGAGGUGGCUUGCAAUAUAACCCGUCUGCCACCUGGGACUGUAAUAUUCGAAGAUCUGAAGGCUGACAUCCUGAAAGGACAAGUACUGAAACCUAUAGAUCGAGGACCUCGCAAUCCAAAUGACGCUUUACCGGGUCGUAUCAGGUACAGAGCUCCAGAUCAUUCAGAAGUGGAGAUAUCUUUCAGCGAAAAAGACCAAAUGGGAGAUUUUACUUUACGCCAUGGGGAUUGGGUGCAAUUCCAGAUAGCCACAGACAGAAGAGAUGCUUUGGAUAGGGCAACACAUAUAAUGUUGUUGGAUGAAAGUUUCAAAGUGUCUGGCGAAAAACGAGAACAGGGUGUUGUGUGUUCUGUAAAAGAAGGAUUUGGUUUCCUGAAGUGUGUUGAGAGGGAGGCGAGGCUGUUUUUCCAUUUUAACGAAAUAUUGGAAGUCGAACGCACUACCGAAGUGCAAGUCGGCGAUGAGUUCGAGUUCACUGUAGUCCAAGAUCAAACCACUAGCUCGACCAUGUUUUCAAGCAAUCGACAAAGUGCCAUUAGAAUGAAAUGGUUACCGCCUGGUACUGUACAGUUUGAAAUUAGAAUAGAAAAUGACCUUACGGGUAUCAUAACCAGCGACAUACCUCAAAGCACCUGGAACAAUAGAAGCCCCACGAAAAACCAGAAUGGUUCAGUUGAAACGGUUAAUGAAUGUGGAUUGAUUGGUUACAGCAUGAGCGGAAUCAAAAAGACGAUUCCGUUUUAUGUUAAGGAUUGUAAUCCAAAGCAAUAUCCUAGAGUGGGCGAUAAGGUUCAGUUUAACAUUAAUCAGGUCAAGAGGAACAAAGAAUUUAUUGCAGCAGAUAUACAAUUAAUUAAUCCAGCAUCACAAACCAACGGUAUUAAACAUAAUAUUAACAGAACUGCUACAAAUAGUACUGGUCAACUUUAUCAAGGAUUCAUUGCAGCAUUAAAAGAUGGCUUUGGUUUCAUAGAAACAAUGCAACAUGAUAAAGAAGUUUUCUUCCAUUUUAGUAAUUUUGAAGGCGAAUCAAGCAAUCUAGAUCUAGGUACAGAAGUGGAAUACAAUUUGGGAACACGAGGCAAUUCCGGUUCUUGUUCUUCUGCAGAAAACGUCAAAGUAAUACCAAAAGGCAGCAUAACUCUACCGGAGGCUCUUGGAGAGUUAUUAGAGGGCAGUGUUGUUAGACCCCUGCGCUCUGUCAAUCCUGACCAAAAUGAGUACUCUGGACUUAUAAGAAUCAAAAACGAAAAUACGAGUGAAGCAAUAGAAGAGUACGAAUUUGGUAUUAUGGGCUUGCUUAACAAAAGAGAACUUCUGCAAGUUGGAGAUCAUGUUCAAUUCCAGGUCGACGCUACUGGUCGUGCAUCAAACAUUGUGGCUGUUAGAAAGAAAUUGAAGGCAACCGUCGAUGCCAUUAAGGGUCAUUUCGGCUUUUUGGCUUAUGAAGUCGAAGAGGGUAAGAAGCUGUUUUUCCAUAUGACGGAGGUCAAAGACAACGUCAGUCUUCAGGUGGGCGAUACUGUGGAAUUUGUCCUUGUUACUAAUCAUAGAAGUGGAAAAUCGUCUGCGUGUAAUGUUGUGAAAGUCAGCAACUGGCAUUUGUCUUGCAGUGAUGUCCAAGCCCGGCCAGAAAGGCUAAUCAGUAGACUCCGCACCAUCUCACUCGACGAAGCUGGCCCCAAACUAACUGUGGUGCGUCAGCCCAAGGGACCAGACGGCUCAAAGGGAUUCUCAACUGAGGCACGUUCCGACCGCGUACCAGGCGUCGUGCCUAAAUAA